AUGAUGGAUGCGAAUAAUGGUUUCAGGCAAGAAUUUUACGUCCGCUUUAAAGGACCAGAAGAGACACCCUUCACCGGAGGUCACUGGAAAAUCCACGUGGAACUGCCCGAUCAGUACCCAUACAAAAGCCCAAGUAUUGGCUUUGUCAACCGCAUCUUCCACCCGAACAUCGAUGAGCUGUCUGGAUCUGUCUGCCUUGAUGUCAUCAACCAGACAUGGUCGCCGAUGUACGACAUGAUCAACAUCUUCGAGGUCUUUCUUCCGCAACUUCUUCGAUACCCCAACCCGUCGGACCCACUGAACGGCGAGGCCGCGGCGUUGCUGAUGCGAGAGCCAAAGGCCUAUGAGGCAAAGGUGAAGGAAUACGUCUCCAAGUACGCCAGCAAAGAGGCCGUCGACGAAGCGGGCGAGGACACCGAGUCCGAGGACGAACUCAGUUCAGCCGGCAGCUUCGAUUCUGGGGGCGAAGAACCCGCGGGAGCAAUGGACGACGUCUGA